AUGUCGAUUGCGGAGAGAGAGGAGGAGAUUUGGGUUAACGACAACAACCAUGUACCGAAUCAACCUUCAAAGUACCUUGGAUUUGUAGCAGGAAUGGCCCUGGGUGUUAUGAAAAACUUGGUUGGACAUCCCUUUGAUACAAUUAAAGUGCGUUUGCAAACAUCUCCCAAGGGCCAAUUCAAAGGACCAAUGGAUUGUUUGAUUCAAACGUUGAAAAAUGAAGGUGUUUUAGGUUUAUACAAAGGUUUUACACCGCCCUUGGUUGGCUGGGUGCUAAUGGACUCGGUUAUGCUUGGUUCUUUGCAUGUGUACAGGCGAUGGACAAAAGAGUAUAUCUACCCUGAUGAUACCAAAUUACCGUUAAUGGGACACGUUGUUGCGGGGCUAGGUAGCGGUAUGACUGUGAGUUUUGUAGCUGCGCCAAUUGAACAAUUCAAAGCUCGACUACAAGUGCAGUACGAUGCAAAGAGUAAACAGUAUACGGGACCUAUAGAUGUUGCAACUAAAUUGUAUCGUGUUUCAGGAAUCAGGGGGAUAUACAGUGGUUUAUUCGCGACAAUGGUAUUUCGAACUAAUUUCAUAUUCUGGUGGGGUUCCUAUGAAUUGUUUACUCGGUGGUUUGAGGAAAACACAAGGAUGUCAAAACCGUCAAUCAAUUUCUGGUCGGGUGGUUUGAGCGCCACGGUAUUUUGGAUAUUUGCAUAUCCUGCCGAUGUUGUUAAACAAACAAUAAUGACAGAUUCUCCUAUACCGCUGAACAAGAAAUUUCCUCACUACAUGGAUGCAGUGAGAUAUAUAUACAAUAUGCGAGGAUUAAGGGGAUAUACUCGAGGAUUCUUGCCUUCUAUAUUGAGAAGCUUCCCCGCAAAUGCGGCAGCAUUAGCCGCAUUUGAAGCAGUUAUGAGAUUCUUUGCCAAUAACGGACAUAAGUAG